AUGGUGUUGGAUCUAAAUUUUGCCUCCCCCUACGACGGCUCCUCCGGCGAGAGGCUCCAGGAGAUUGCUGGAAAUAUUAUGGACGACUCCGGCACGUCCAACUCCUCCGUUCUCAAUGCCGACGGCUCCAUUAACGCCGGCGACGAGGACUCCUGCUCUACCAAGUCGCCGGCGCCGACCUUCUGCUUCGGCAUCCUGAAGGAGGGUUUCGGCGAUGUUAAUGAGGAGGCCGAGGAAGGAGAAGAUUUCGCCGAGGAGGUCAAUAACAGCAGGUCCAACCAUGAGAUCUUCACGAAGCAGCUAUUCCCUCUGGCUGCUGCUCGUCAGGAGGCGUAUGGAAGUGGCUUUGUUCCUCAUGUUGUGGGCAUGGCAGUUCACAUGCCCCCCUCCUCGUCUGCUUCGAAAUCAUCUUUGGAGGAAAGCUUCUGCCAGCCGGAUAUGCCGGAGCCACCCAAGGUUGCAUCGCAACAGCAGCAGCAGCAGCAGCAGCAAGUGAAGAAAAGCAGGAGGGGUCCUCGCUCCCGGAGCUCUCAGUACAGAGGAGUCACCUUCUACCGCAGAACGGGAAGAUGGGAAUCCCAUAUCUGGUUAGUGAUGGAGUUGACUCACAGCUUCUCUCCCUCGCCUCUUUCUCCUUUUUUUUUUUCCUGACGGGGAGGUUUCUCUUCCGUGCAGGGACUGCGGAAAGCAAGUGUAUUUGGGUAAGAAAACCUUCAUCUAUCCAUGAUUAUUUCUGUAGAUGGGUGCAUACUCGCUCAUUUCACGGUCUUUUAUCUCUCUCCCUCUCUCCGCCCUGUCCUCCCCCUUCUUCCCAUCUGCUGCAAUGGAAAUAAAUAGGAGGAUACGACACUGCCCACGCUGCCGCCAGGUUAGAACAACGCUGAGUCGUUCAGAAAACGAUGCCUCUGUUCUUUCCAUACUGCCUUUAAUGCGCGGUUUGAAUUCUUCCAGGGCAUAUGAUCGCGCCGCCAUCAAGUUCCGGGGAGUUGACGCCGACAUCAACUUCAGCCUCGCUGACUACGACGAGGACAUGAAACAUGUGACUUGACUUUUCUUCUUUUUCUUCUUCUUCUGCUUCUUCCUCCUUCGUGGGUGUUCCGGGGAUCACAGCUCAUUGAUUAUUGUUUUGUUCUUCUUAUUUUUCGCUUCUCAGAUGAGAAAUCUGACAAAAGAGGAAUUUGUGCACAUCCUGCGCCGCCAAAGCACUGGGUUUUCUCGUGGGAGCUCCAAGUACAGAGGGGUGACCCUUCACAAGUGUGGCCGAUGGGAAGCUCGGAUGGGGCAGUUCCUCGGGAAGAAGUAAGUCCACUGAAAAAAAAAAAAAAAAACCUUCCUUUUCUUCAUUCCUCCGAAGAACAGCAUCCACUCCCAUCCAUGCAUGAGCAAUGAGAACCCACCCACCGAUGAGCAAGAUCAAAGAACCGCAGCCCACCUGGAUUUUUCAAAGAAAAAAAAAAGAUUAAACUAAAAAAGAAAUAAUCUUGGAACCACGUUGUUCACAGAUGAGAACAUAAUGCUUUCGUGCAGGUACAUAUAUCUUGGGUUGUUCGACACCGAAGUAGAAGCUGCAAGGUUCUACUGGAUCUCACGGAUCCUUUGCAUCCCCCUGACGAGUCAUAUGAGAUUUGGGUAAUAAUAUGGUUUCAUCUGGGACAUAAUCUUAGUCGCAUUUUUCUUUUCUGUCUUUGGGCAUCAGGGCUUAUGACAAGGCCGCCAUCAAAUGCAAUGGAAGAGAGGCUGUCACAAACUUUGAGCCCAGUUGCUACGAAGGGGAGAUUGUUUCGGAGAUGGACGUGGAAGGUGUGCUUUGUCAACCCGAAAGAAAGUCAACCAGAUGAAUCUGGGCAGGCCAUCUGAAACCCAUCAUGUUCUUCGUUUUUUUUUCCAGCAUUUGGCCGGAAUCUCAACCUCAACCUGAGCAUCUCUCAGCCCACUGAUCAUACUCCGAGGCGGGAAGCUGAUACGGUCAGUAUCCUCUCCAGACACUUGAAAUGAUCGAGCCUGAACUGCGGUCAACCUCGAUUUGAUUAUCGUUGGUUUUUUUUGUUAAAGUUAUUUAAGUUAAUCGAUGGGUCAACGGGGUUUACGUCUACAGCUUAACUGCUUUGAUUUCUGUUCAACUCUCAUCGAUUGGAUCGCUGAGAAGCCUUUCUGUUUCUUUUUUGGUGCAGGUGGUCAACGCCAGUUUCGUCCCCGCCAGCUGUCCCCACUCAGCAGCGCCACCAGAGCACUUACCUGCGUGGUCCACCUCUCUCUACCCCGGGUAUCUUCCUAAGAACGAGGUACUGCUCCCUGCUGCGUCGUCCAUAUUCCUUGUGUGAAUCUCGUUCCUAUCUAUAACUCCUCUUUCCGUCUCUCCCACUGGCAGGAAAGAGCGGCGGAGAAGAGGCCGGAGAUGCCCUCGCCGGCGAUCCCCGGCUGGGCGUGGCCGCUCCACGGCGGCGGCGGCGCCCCUCGCCCGGUCUACCCAUAUGCAGCAUCAUCAGGAUUCUCAGCGACAGCCCCUUCUCCGACAGCCGCCGCCGCCGCCCGCCGCGAAUAUCUCUUCCCUCCGCCAACCUCCCCCCACUUCUUCCACCGGAGCUGA